UACGCUAUCAAGAUCUGGACACCCGAAAAUGGAAAGACAUAUUGUGGUGAAGGUGGAGUGAAUUAUAUCCGGCUCAACAAUGGAGCGCGUGUGACGUUCUCGUCUUGUCCACUGAGCGAAAAUGGAACUUCAUUACAGCGAGGGCAAAUACCAUUUUUUCUCUACUCAAUCGUGGAGACAGAAAAGGUUGACACGAGUCAAACGAAGGAUGAGGUCCACAAAUCGUUCGUGCUCUUACUCCGCUUGCUCUCCAACAAAAUUGGCGCAUUUCUCGUCAAUGGUCUCAUUCCGCAGUGCGCAAGAUCUCUUAUCUCACGUAUUGCUGGGCAUGUGAUGGUGUUUAUGGAGUUACAUCCAAUGAAAGCCAUGGAAAUUGCUUGUGUUCUGGAGCAGCUGAUUCCUAUGGUGUCUAACGUAAACGCAACCGUAAAGGCUAGUACCAUUAGUGAAUCAUUUGACCACAACUCCGAAAUCUGUGAGGCAAAAACCACGCAAAUUGUCGUCGAAUGUCCGCAUCCAUAUAAGACCAACAACGUCUACUCUGUGGUAGUGGGUUUUGACGACAGCGUCCACUUUCUCUGCCUGCAAUUCUCUCCAUCAUGUGAAACUGCGCAAGCCGAUGAC